AUGUCACAAAAGCGCAAGCGCGAUAACGAUGCCUCCGCGUUGUCAGCGGCCCAAGACCAUUUCCGCACAUGGUUGAUCAAGAACACAUCCGAUGCGGUCGAGUACAUCAAGAAAGACUUCCUGUCGGGGAAGAAUCUCAACACGAAAGAAAAGUCCUGGUUGAGCUUCGACCAAGUCUGGGGCUAUCUCUCCAUCCCUCAAGAUGAGCAAGCGCACAAGACUAGGUUCGGCAAAGCUUUGAGCGCACACCCUCGAGUCGAGUCCAAGGACGAUAAGGAUGGCAUCGUUUUCCAAUUCAAGCCUGUGAUUCCUGCGACCAACGCCGACGACCUGCUCGAGUACCUCGCGAGGCAGCAAGACUCCAAGCAAGUCACUGUGGCAGACCUGCAGGUCGGAUGGCCAGAUUGCGUUCCCGAGGUCAAUCGACUGGAGCGCGCACAUCACAUUCUCGUACGUCGAGUGAAGGGCAAGGCGCGCGCAGUGUGGCUAGAUUCGCCUGACUUGCACAUGCAAGUCGACGAUGACUUUCGAGACCUCUGGAGUGGCAUCAAGGUACCAGAGGACAUUGAGGAGAUCCGCAAAGACUUGAAGACAACGAACAUGAUGGUGACGAGCGAGAAGAAGGAGGUGCCGGUUGUGAGACCAAAGAAGAGUAAGAAGGGAGGACGUAGAGCGGGCAAGGGGAUCCAGACGAACAAGCAUAUGGAAAGCGUGCUGAAGAAUUUUGGGAAAAAGUAG